GGUGGGCCAAGGGGGUGGGGUGAUGAGGAGCGAAGAGCACACGGGGGAACUUACACAGCCCGGCUUGGUCCUUGGUUCCCCCCAAGGUCGACUCGCCGCGAGACCCGGGAUUCGCAAUACGGGGGGGGCCGCGCAAAGGCAAGAUUCGCAUCAGAUGUGCCUGAGGCCUAACAGCAGGUUGCGGGACAAAGUCUUGGUCUCUCUCCGUCCGCUCGUUCGUCCGUCGGUGGACCCCGGCCAUCCUCGACCCCUCGCGCCCCGCUUCCUCGUCCUCGCCCUCCUCCUCCUCGCCCUUCGUGCUUAGCCCGCGAGCCAUAUCACAGGAUCCUCUUCGGUAGGGUACCCAGCAGUACCGGCCCAUCCGUAGCCAGACUCUCUGGACCGGCAGGCGCCAGGAAAGCCUGCGUGCAUACACACAUAACACACACACACACACACACACACACACAUAUACACCCCUGGAACGUGGGACGACAGUAGACCCAGCGCCAGCAGGGCGUCGUAUAUUGCUAUGGGGCCCUCCCGGGGCAAUGCUCUAGCCGACUUACAUAGCAGAAGCCGGAAAACAUGGCAAGGAGCCGAGAGCGAGAAGAGAGGUGUGCGCGUGCGCGACGCCCGCCACGCCCUGCUCGCGGCGCGGCCCUCGACUCAUCUUCGUCGUGAAUGGUGGCAGCCUAGCUUGCCCACCGCCCGCCUGCUCUGGGCUCGACUUGGCGUAUCUCGUGGCAUGGGGAGGAAGAAGACGAUACGGCGGCUUUCGGUCCUUUUCCGCUUUAUUAUCUCCUCGCCGUCAUCGCCAUUAUUGCUGUCGUCACUACCCGUCUCCCCUUUUGCUUUUUUAUUUUAUUUUACUAUACUUUUCCUUUUUUUGUUGGAGCUUCUGCCCUUCUUCUCUCUUUGGUUCCCUUUCCUGCUUCGGUGGCCGCGGGGCGAAAAGAAAAUGGAGGGACAGAAGGGAUUCUCCUUGCGAACGCCUCGUGCGCCAAGGGAUCCGUCCAUCCUGCCCUAUUGCACUACCUACCUACCUACCUACCUACCUACAACCUGACCCGACCUGGCCGUACGUACUUCGCUUCCCGAACUGUAUGUACCUGGUGCCGACGAAUGUCGAGUUGCUCGCAGACGAUCGGUCGAUCGGGUGCGCGCGUUAGUCCGCCGCGCCUUAGGCAAACCCGCCCAGCUUGUCCGGUUUCCCCCCUUUCCCUUCUUCCCCACCCGUCGCCACGUCGAGUGGUGCCGGGCUCUGGCGAGGAUUGGGGAUGGUGUGAAACUCGCAACCCUAUGUAGAAUUCGUCUGCCCUGGCCCUUUUGGUUGCCUCCUAGAAGUCCGUCGUGCUGCUUGUCCCUCGCAUGUAGUGUCACAUUGUUAUCUAAGCGACGUUACGCCGUCGCCGGUUUCCCGUCUCACACUGCCAGUCUACCCUACUUACACCGCAAAUGGCAGCGAUGGCCUCGCCAGCCUCUAGAGUAUGCUGUCAUGUAAUAUUGUAAUAUGCGGGGAAGGGGGAAAGGGGGUCACUCACACGCGGGCGCCAACUUGUUAGUAGAUAGCGACUUACUUAGAGAGGAGUAUCUUCUCGCUCAGAGUUACGAUUCCGCC